ACCCAGUAUAUGAGCAUCAGCUUCGUAUACAGUCGACAGUGUCAGCAAGUCUACGCAUAACGCAUCGAAACACUUGCACCUUGAAAAGCCUUGUCUUCAGUCUAGCAUAAAAACCAGUUGCGUAUUGAUGGAAUUCGGUAUCACACGCAAUCGAUAGUAAUUUGCAAAAUCAUAAUAAUACACAAAAAUAUUCGUCACGUUUAGUUUCUAGUUUGUGAUUUGGUGCAAUUUUCAGUGCAGGUGGUAAAAAAUUACGGUACUGUUAAGGAUAUGGAUGCUCCAGCGAUUGGAAUUGAUCUGGGCACUACGUACUCUUGUGUUGGUGUCUUCCAGCACGGGAAAGUCGAAAUUAUCGCAAACGAUCAUGGUAAUCGAACCACGCCGAGUUGUGUCGCUUUUAUUGGUAAUGAAAUUGUGAUCGGCGAAGUAGCUAAAGAUCAAUCCACCAGAAACCCAGAGAAUACAAUUUUCGACGUCAAAAGAUUAAUGGGUCGUAAAUUCGACGAUGUAUCAGUUCAGAGUGAUAUGAAGCAUUGGCCUUUUCGAGUCAUUAACGAUAAUAAUAAACCGAAAGUUCAAGUUGUUUUCGAAGAUGCUACUAAAACGUAUUUCCCCGAAGAAAUAUCUGCGAUGAUUUUGCGAAAAAUGAAACAGACUGCGGAGGCGUAUUUGGGUAAAAUUGUCGCAAAUGCAGUCAUUACUGUACCUGCGUAUUUUAAUGAUUCUCAAAGAGCAGCAACAGUAGAUGCUGCCAAAAUCGCCGGGCUCAAUGUAUUGCGUAUAAUUAACGAACCCACUGCAGCUGCCCUCGCUUACGGAUUGGGUAAAAAAAACACAAAUGAAACCACAUUGAUUUUUGAUCUGGGCGGUGGAACUUUCGACGUCUCCAUCUUGACUAUCGAUAAUGGUGUUUUCCAAGUGAUUUCAACCGCCGGCGAUACUCACUUGGGCGGCGAAGAUUUCGACACUAAAAUGGUCGAUCAUUUCGUUCAAGAAUUCAAACGUAAACAUCGUAAAAAUCUCACUGCUGGAAAGGGAAACAAAAAAGCUCUACGUCGUCUGCGAAUUAAUUGCGAACAAGCGAAAAGAAUUUUGUCAUCGUUGAGUGAGGCCAAGAUUAGUAUUGAUUCUCUUCACAGUGGCAUCGACUUCGAUAGUUCAAUCUCCCGUGCUCGUUUCGAGGAAUUGAACGCUGAAUUUUUUCAAAGCAUGAUGACAACCGUUGAAAAAGCCCUCCAGGAUGCUGAAAUCAAGAAAACCGACAUCGAUCACGUCGUUUUAGUUGGCGGUUCAUCCCGUAUCCCAAAAGUGCGAAAAAUGUUACGAGAUGUCUUCGAUGGGAAAGAGUUGAACAACUCCAUCAAUCCGGACGAAGCUGUGGCAUAUGGAGCUGCUGUUCAAGCCGCUAUACUAAUUAAUAAUAGCGGUGAAAAAUCAAAAGAAUUACUAGAUGUAGUGUUAUUCGAUGUUACACCAUUGUCCUUAGGUGUCCAUGUCAAAGAAGGGACGAAUAUUGCCCAUAAUGGCGAUAUGGCAGUGAUUAUUAAACGUAACACCCUCAUUCCAGCAAGAUACACUGAUGGAUUCCAGACAUCGCGCGACUAUCAAACUAAAGUAACUUGCAAAGUGUACGAAGGUGAAUAUAUUUCAACGAAAGAUAACCAUUUACUGGGUGAAAUCUCGCUUGAAGGCAUUACGAGUGCACUUCAUGGUGAAACGAAAGUUGACGUGACUUUCGAAAUCGAUGCUGAUGGUAUUUUGAACGUGACUGCUGUGGAACCAUCGACUGGCCUUAAAAACCAAGUUACCAUCGCGUAUGAUAAAGGUCGUCUCAGUAAAGAUGAAAUUGCUCGAAUGAUUAAAGAUGCCGAAGAAUUCGACAUGAAGGAAAAGCUGAGAAAAGCUGCAGUUGCCGCCAAGAGUUCUCUAGAAGAAUACUGUACCAAUGUAAAACGCACAGUGCAAGAUGAAAAAUUGAAAAAUAAAAUAGACGAAUUCGAUAAAAAAAUAAUAUUGAAGAAAUGCGAAGAAACCAUUGCUUGGUUGAAUUCAAACCAGUCAGUGGAUAAAGACCAGUACGAAUUUAAGCUAGAAGAACUGAAAAAUAUAUUCGAUGUGAUAAUCUGCAUUUCUAAUCAACCAGAAAGAAGCGAAGACAAGUAUUAUGAAAUAUUGAACGUGACGAGAAAUUCCUCCAAAACAGAAAUCCAAAAAGCUUUUAGGAAUGCAGCUUCGAAAUACCAUCCAGAUAAAUACAAAGGAGACAAAGAAAUAGGAAAUUUAUACUGGCUUACGUUCAAGAAAGCAAACGAUUUUCUCAUCAAACUCUUGAAAGGAAAUUCCAAAUGACAGCAGCUCGAGGUUACGAUGAUCGGUUUCAAUUUUUCAACUGGAUAGUGAAUUCAGAUUUGAAAGAGUCCAGAUCUCCUUGUAAAUUUAUAUACCUAUUUUAAAGAUACCUUAACAAUGUAUUUUAAUAUGCCUAUGCAUUGUUUAGGUUGAGAUCGUGAGAUCAUUUUCGUGUUUUCUUUUUUUUUUUUUUAUUACCUUAUAUUCUUACUUGCCGAGCCAUAAUGAUUUUAUUAAACGAAAACUUCAUUUUUUUGUAAUAAUUUUCUCUAUUUUAGCCUGAAAAACAGUUUUUUACUAAUUUGUGAUAUUUUAGAUGAUUUGAUUUAUACGUUGUAUUAUUUAGAUAGCUUAUGAUACUGAUAUAUUCAUUUAUUAUGUUAAACAUACCUACCUAACAAUUCAUUUUAAUGUA